UGGCUGGAGGCUGGGAGCUAGUCACAGCGCACCGCUGUGUGAACCAUCCGUGCGCACAGGGCAACGACCGCCCACAUUUUACCGCUGGAUAGCAGAGCAGUCCACUGCUUGCUGCAGGUCGACAGCCGCCUCAGCUGCAGCACGAGUUUACCGCCCCCUGGGGAACAGUAACCACAGUGUGUAUGUGUGUGUACCACUGGUGAUGGACACAAUGCUGGUGCCUCAACGUGAGCUCCUGGGCAGUUCGACCGAUGCCCAGGACCGAAUUGGCCACAUCAGGAGGAAGCUCUUCGGUCCCAGUUCGACGAACACCCAAGACCGAAUUGGCCACACCAGGAGAAGCCUCUUCGGUCCCAUAGACCACGAACACAGCCUCAUGUUCGUGCAGGAAGAGAUGGUCAAGAUUCGUCAGAGAGACUCCAGCCGCUGGAACUUCGAUUUCCAGGAGAUGACACCGCUGGAAGGACGUUAUUCCUGGAAGCCACUGGAUGAAAAUGUUCCUCAAGCCUACCAAAUCCCAAGCCUUACCCCAAAAACCACAGCAUCUCCUCACAGCACCACCUCCAUCAGCACCUCCUCCUCAACCACCAGCCACUCCUCCAGUAGCAGAAGAAGCAAGUGCUUGAAGCGGCUAGUUACGAAUCAUCAAGUCAAGAAAACACAGAAACUGUGUACAGAUUUCUUCAAGCACGUAAAAACAUCGAAGAACGUUACGAAUAAGCAACGAAAGACAGAAGUCCUGGCCAGUGCGAAGCCUCUGAACGUGAAACUCUCAGACAUCCUCAAAAUCAGAUCACUGAACGUGAGAUAACGAGGCGGAAACUAAUUAAGUCUUGGUGAGAGAAAAAGCGUGGAGUGUAUGUUCUCUGUUACCUCGGUCCCAGACCAGGUAAACAAGACCGACAACCCUCACGCGUCUCCCUAAUUCGAAGUGUCGUGUGUGCGAGAGGAGAUACCGAUGUUUACGCUUCUCAAAUGGAAAAUAAAUACUUAAAGAAGGACCGAGUCGAAGUCUUCCACGUGAAGUCGAAGUCUCUGAAGCCAAGUCGAAGUCUCUGAAGCCAAGUCGAAGUCUCUGAAGCCAAGUCGAAGUCUCUGAAGCCAAGUCGAAGUCUCUGAAGCCAAGUCGAAGUCUCUGAAGCCAAGUCGAAGUCUCAAGUGAAAGUAAGCCACCCCGCUUGGGUUUUUGUUAUCCUGGUCUUGGAUUCGUGUUAUCCUGACUUGGAUUCGUGCUAUCCUGGCUUGGAUUCGUGUUAUCCUGGCUUUGAUUCAAGUUAUCCUGCUUGGAUUUGAGUUAUCCUGGCAUUGGAUUCAGGUUAUCCUGGCUUGGAUUCAUACUAUCCUGGCAUUGGAUUCUGGUUAUCCUGGCUUGGAUUCGGGUUAUCCUGGCUUGGAUUCGGGUUCUCCUGGCUUGGAUUCUGGUUAUCCUGGCUUGGAUUCGGGUUAUCCUGGCUUGGAUUCGGGAUAUCGGAACGACCUUGUGACGCGUAAGAAAAUAAAAUAGAAAUUGAACGUAAGGAUAGAGCUGGAUUUUAUCGGGAGAGCUCAGCUCUACCUAGAGCUUUAUCCUAAACAUGUUUCGCCGUGUAGAGCUUUACCUAGGCAUCUAUUGCUCUGUAGAGCUUUAACCAAUCGUGUUCAGCUAUGCAGAGCUCUAUCAAGUCAUGUUAAGCUGUGUUGAGCUUUAUCAAGUCAUGUUUCGCUCUGUGUAGAGCUUUAUAGAGGUGUACCGCUAUGUAAAGCUCUUUCAAGUCACUUUUCGUCCUGAAUAUUCCAGAAAGAGCUCUACAGAGAUCCAUUACCGCAGAUAAAACUACCUCUUACCGUUACCCUGGGUUUGUUAAACCCACAACAGGGUUAAACCCUGGGUUUAUUAACCCCACAACGGUGAUAAACCCUGGGUUUAUUAACCCCACAACGGGGUUAAACUCUGGGUUUAUUAACCAUAACAUGGUUAAACUCUGGGUUUAUUAACCAUAACGGGGUUAAACCCUGGGUUUAUUAUGCAUAACAGGGUUAAACCCUGGGUUUAUUAACCAUAACGGGGUUAAACCCAUGGUUUAUUAACCAUAACGGGGUUAAACCCUGAGUUUAACAACCUCCAACAGGUUAAACCCCGGAUUUAACCCCUUACACUAGGGGGUCAGCGCCCCUACAACGUCUCUCUCAGGUGUACCUGUACAUUACCUGUUGACUGUUUCCAUAGGCCUAUUGCCAGACCAGGCCUAGCAGAAUUUUUUACUGCCCUAGGGUCCACCAGACUGUUAGUGCCAGCGGGAGGCAGCUGCUGUGCACCCGUGGGGCCUCUACUGUUGUGCACAACAGUAACAUAACGCCAAGCUGCUUCUGUUGUCCAGGAUGUUAAAUUCUGUGUGUUAACUGUUAAAUGUUAACUGGGAUGUUAACUCUCUCAAAGGAUGUUAAAUUUUGUGUGUGUUAAUAAAGUUAACAUUCUGGAAUGUUAAGAUAAUGUUAACUGUCUUCCAGGAUGUUAAAUUCUCUUGUUUUUCCAGUUAAAUUUGUUAAAAUUGUGAGAAGUUAAAUUAAUAUCCCAGACGUCAUUAACAAUUUUGGCUCUUACUUGGUGUUAAAUUCUAUCUGAUAUUGUGUUAAAUUAUGGUAAAUUGUGUUAAAUUCUCUUGUUUCGUGCUGAAUUGGGUUAAACUGUGUUAAAUUUUCUGCGUUGGGUGUUUAAUUGCGUUAAAUUGUCAGUAUUGUGUGGAAAUUCAAUGCAUAGCGUUAAACUAUGUUAAAUUGUGUUUAAUGGUCUGUGUUUUGUGUUAAAUUUCGUUAAAUUGUGUUAAAUUGUCUGUGCUGUGUGUUAAAUUGUGUUAAAUUAUCUAUGAUGUGCGCUAAGUUGUCUAUGUUUGUGUUAAAUUCGGUUAAUCUCUGCUAAAUUUUCUAUGUUGUGUGUUAAAUUGUAUAUAUCGUGUGUUAAACUGGGUUAAACUGCUUUAAAUUGUAUAUAUUGUAUGUUAAAUUGGGUUAAUCUGUGCUAAAAUGUCGGUGUUGUGUUUAACUGGGUACGUAAUGUUAAAUUAUGUCUAUACACAGUGUUAAAUGUCCUUAAUGUUAAGUUAUUUCUGAGUGUGUGUGUGUGUGUGUGUGUGUGUGUGU